GGAUGAGUGACAAGCGGCGAGCACGAAUCCGAGCGGGGAAGCGCAGCGCCAAACUCAGUUGAGUUUGAAUGCUGGAGGGUGUGAGAGGUUUAGAAGACGGGCUGCAGGAUUUCAAAUAAACUACAACAACAUUAACGCAACACCAGCGGCUAGGUGAUCGUUUAACCUGUGAAGACUCAGGAGGACUUAUCUUGCAGCAUCUGCACACAAUGGAUACAGCAGUAAAAAAGAGCAAUAAAGAGAACACCAAGCCAGUGGCUGGUCAGAAAAGACCUGAGUCCAAAAAUGCAAUACAAAAACAAAAGCUGGUUAGAGUUCCAGCACUGCAGUCCAAAAAUGACCUCAAGGAAGAAAAGAAGAUAAACACUGUAGAAAAAGCUGAAGCAAAAGAAGUCGUCAAACCGGUAACUAAAACCAAUGUGUCAGAUCCUAACAAGCGAAAAACCCUGAGCCAGGCAUUCCGCACCGAACAGUCUGUUCGACACAAAAAACUGGUGGAGGAGGCGCAAAAGCCCCCUUUAACCGUGCCUCCUAAACCCAUCCCUGGCACCUACAAAGGCAGAGUGGUGAAGUCUAAAAUAGACUGUUUUAGAAGGCCCCCUAGUGGGGAAGAGCAGACGGCUGAAGCUAAAUUUGCUAAACCAAGCAUACCCAAGUCUAAACCCAAGACAGGGACUUUGUCGAAAGUCCGCUCGCAGAGUGUUACCACAUUGCCAAGUUCCUCAAGACCCAGACCUCAGCCUAAUCUGUCAAGCAGAACAAAGUCGGUGUCAGAUGCUCAGUUAAAUGUGGUGACGAAACCAGUUCAGAGGACCAUCUCUCAAAGACAGAUCCCAUUUAAAGCUCCAUCAUCUGCUCGACCCACAGUACCUCGCCCAGCAACAAUCCCACCGCAGCCAGCUCCGGUGACCACAGCUCGUCCUGCCUCCACCAAGGUUACCUCGUUUAUCAGAAAGAAGGAACCAGUAGUGAAGAGCAAUAAACCCAAACCUGUAGCAGCUGUUGUGGAGCAGAAGCCAACCAGACCAACUUCAAACACCAUCAGCCAAUACAAAGUGAGAGUGGAAACGGCUGAAGAGAGGAGGGCAAAGCUGGCAGAAUGGCUGGCAUCAAAGGGGAAGACUCUGAAAAGGCCACCCAUAUCAGAGAAAGUGACUCGUCCUGAAAGCAAACCAGCUCCACCAGCCAAAGCCACACAAGAACCCAGUAAGCCAACACAGAUCAAACUGCAAAUGCAGUGUGAGGAGAAGCAGACUGGCCAUGAAGUUAUCAAGCAUGAGAAGCCUGAGCACAAUUGUGUCCCCCAGAGUAAACCAGUGUUUUCUAGCAGUCCAAGCCACAUAAUGAACACAACACUGGACCUGCUGGAUAACUCCGACCUGGAUCUUCCUGCCGAUCCGGAGAUCAGAAUGGAAUCGUUGGUGCUCAACCUGUGUGAUAAACUGGAUGCAAUGGAAACUCUCUCAUCUUGUGACAAUGCAGAUACAAAGACAGAUGAAAGUGACAUGGCAGAUGUUUUGGCUAAUGUCAAGGUGGAAGAAGACACUGAUAAAGAGUUUGAGAUCCUAGAAGAAGAAGACCUGGAAGUAAAGGAAGAAUCUCUAAAUGAUGUUAAAGUGAACAGAAAGGAGGUUAAAGUGCAGUUUGACGAGCAGGAAGAAAAGAAGCUGUUUAAAAGUGAGUCUGACGACGAUGAUGAUGAUGAUGACGACGACGAUGACAAUAUUGAUGAUGAUGAUGAUGAUGAGAAGAUGGAUUCCACACCAGAGGAGGUUGCAGGAGCAUCUGUUGUGAAGUAUAGUGUAAAAACAACUCCAUUCCUUCAAAGUGUUAAGAAGAGAAUUGAAAACGAAGAACAAGUGGCAGGUAGUGGCUCUUGCCGCAAGAGUGCAAUCAAAGACCUGAAGUUUCUCACGCCAGUUCGCCGCUCCUCCCGCAUUCAGCGUAAGUCUUCCCGACUGCCGGACAUGCUCAGUGACCAUGAUCCCUGCGUCUCCUCACUGGCUGAGCUGGUGCAGCUGGAUGAUGCCGACUCCAAUGCCUACAUCUACAGGAAAAACCCAGCGCUGCUCGACCAACUGCCAGACCAACCUGGAGACUUGGAAAGGUUAUCAACAGAGAGAAAAUGAGUGGAAAUGACAGAAGUCAUUUAGAAUGUUUGUUUAAAUGUUUUUAUAGAAAGAGCUUACAAUUUCUCUCCCCAGGCUCUUAAAUGUGGUUUUCUGUAGCUGCUGCUGUGAGUUUGAACAAGCUAUACAGGACGCUGAUACAAAUCCUAUUCAACUCUGAGGAGAGAGUUAAUCUCCUUCUCAGUGGAUAUCACAGGACUUAACAUUUAAAAAAAAAAAUUGCCAGUGUCCUAUAAAUCUUGUCCAACCUCACAACAGUAACUUUGUAAUAAUAAAGUUGUGAUCGGGGUUUGGAUCGGUAUAUUCCGUUAUGAACACUGAUAAACCUUAUAUAAUUUAAGUCUAUCUAACGUUAUUGGUAAUGGAUAAUGACUCAGUAUAAGCAAGCUGCUUUUUUUUUCUUUUUUUAACUGGCAUAUAAGAAAUGUAAGAGCUUUUACGUUUCUCAUUUUUUAAAACAUUAACAUUAAAAAUUAACAUGUUGGUUGGCACAAGCACAGUAUUGUAACAGUAUUGUAAGUUGAGCAAUUUUAACAAAUAUUGUACAAGUUAACAUUGCAUUUACUCAUGCACUACUUAAAUCCUGUAUGAUACCAUCAUGUGGCAUAAUACUACAUACAGUCUUUUCUAAUGCAGCAUGUGAAACUGUAAAAUUAAUUUAAUUUACUGCACUUUCUUAUGGCCUGUGUUUUUAAAGGUGUAUAUAUGACUUUAAUAUGAAUCACUAUUUCAUAGUAAUGUUUAGAUUAAUUUAACAAUUAUUUUUCCCUAAAAAAGCCAUAUGUAAAGAUAUCUAUGGUAAAAAGUGUUACAUUUUCUUUCCUUGUAAGUAUUUUCUUGUUCUGAAUUUUUUUCUGGAAAAUUUUAACUCUUCAUACUUACACAAUUCUGCACACUGGCCUACUACUUUAACAUUUGACAAUUGAUAAGUCUUUGUAAAGGCUGUUCAGGCAUUCAUUGUAAAAUGCUUUGUUUAAUAAAUGUCUCCUCUUUUGUGA